UAUAUAACUCUCUUUACUUCUUGUAUUAACUAUAUAAAUCAUCGAACGAAUCGAAUAAAAAGAGAGAUUUAUGCUGAAAAAAUACUAGUCUAUCGAAGAAAAUUAUUACGUCAUCGUCAGCGAUAUUUGAAAUCGAAAAAGGAAACUGUCAAUGUUCGUCCGAAAAUUAUUCUUGAUCUUAUUCGACAUCCAUUUACUUCCAAUGAAUUGGAUUAUCUUUCCCGAGGUUAUAUUAAUUAUUAUUUUUUUCUUUCUUCUUUUCAUAUCUUCUUAUACGGCUUAUGAUUGUUGUAUUAUUUUAGGUCCAAAUUAUAUUAGACCAAAUCAAAGUGUACUUCGUCCGUAUAAACAACGACAGAAACAGAUUAACACAGAAUUUGAUACUAAUAUGAACAGGAUAAAGAAAUAUAUGAGUAAUCUCAAAGAUCCAGGAAAAUUACCAUUAACAUCACCAUUAUAUAACAUGUAUUCAGAUCGUCUUCGAACUUAUCUUCUUCAGCGUUAUAUGACUCCAUUACCGUUGAUUGAUCAAUUACGUGCUCGACGAGAAUUAAAACUUGGCAAAUCUAUUCAGCGAAAAUUAAAGAAAUAUAAACUUAUUCUUCGUCAAACAGAUAAAAGUAGUGUAUUUCAUAUUGGUUAUGCCAUUGAUUAUAAACAAAAAGCUACUAAAUAUCGACAAGAUACAGGUGCUUACGAAGAAUUAAAUGUCAAUCCAUUUAAUGAAACUAUUUACAAUGUUACUCAUGCACUAAAUCAAUUAAAAACAAUGUCAAAAAUUGCAGAAUAUCAGCGUAUGAACAUGGUACCUGUCCGUGAAAAGACACAACUAGCUUACAUGUAUUUUCUUCCUAAAUCACAUAAAAAAGAAACACCACUUCGACCUAUUAUCAACACUAUACAUGCUGCAACAACGAAAAUUUCCAAAUUUUUUAGAUCAAUUAAUUCGACCAUUAUUUGA